AGAGGAACGAAAAACUUAUUUAAAGCAUAUAAAUUGCCGGUCAAGAGUCAAAAUCUCGGAGACUAGCAAAUCUUUAAGAUUGCCAUGGCUUCCGUCACUCUACUCCGCCUAUGUAUUCCGCCGUUCACCACCAAAACCUCCUCCCCCAAUCUUCCCUCCCAUCAAACCCGCCGCCCCUUACCCCAUCCUCUCAAACCCAUAAUACCACAGCUAUACCAAAUCGGAUCCCAACUUAAGCCUCACAGCAGCAGAGCCCCCAUCUCCGCCUCCUACGGCCCGACGCCUGUCACAGACCGCCUGAUCUCUACGGUAGCGUACUUCCUUCCCUUCUUCAACGGCCUUCAGUAUGGGCGCUACCUCUUGGCCCAAUACCCAGCCCUAGCCAUCCCGCUCGAUCCAUUUAUCCCGCUCCUAUCCCUCUACCGCUCCAUCCCUCUCGCGAGCUUUGUCUCCUUCUUCGCCAUCUACUUGGGCAUCGUCCGGAACCAGAGGUUCAGCCAUUACGCCCGAUUCAACGCACUGCAGGCUUUAGUUCUCGAUAUCCUCCUGGUGCUGCCGCUCAUGGUUCAGCGGAUCUUCACUCCGGGUCGGGCCGGUCUGGGGCUCAAGGUUACGAUCUGGAUUCAUAAUGGGCUUUUUGUGUUUGUAGUGGGCUGUUUUCUCUAUGGGCUUUUGUCCAGUGUUUUGGGCAAAACUCCUUACUUCCCCAUUGUGACUGAAGCUGCCAAGCAGCAAAUGUAGCAGUUUGUUUCCUUUAGUUAAGUAAUGUAGUUCAAGUUUUUAUUCAGUUAAGUUUUUAUCUUGUUUUGCUGUGUCAAUUGUAUAUCCUCUAAUUAAUUAUGAGGCUUUUCUUUUGAAAUUACUAAGAGCCCUUUGGUAAUCAUGUAUUUCAGUUUAUUAGGCUUAUCAACUAACUUUUUCACUUUUUCAUCAAAUACGUAAUUUUUAAUUUCAC